AUGUCGGACGAGGAGGACAGCGAGCCCUGCUUUCUGGAGGACGUCCGGGUGAAGUUUGUGGAGGAGAAAGUUUGUGAGCUGCUGAGACUGCAGCGUCCGACAUGGGAGAAGAGUGCCGUCAGCGAGGAGUUUCAGACACCCCUGAGAGACUUCUUGGAAAAAGAAGCAGUGAUAUUUUUCUCCUCAUCCAAAAAAGAGUCUCUGCUUGCUUCUGUUGAGGUGCCAUCUGUUGCUUCACAGAGGCAACUGUAUAUCCUGAAGAAGAGAGUUGUUCCCAUCAACCAUGAAAACUACAGAGAGCUUCUACUUUUUGGCCUGGUGUCUGCACCCCCUCUGCAGCAGCUGUCAUGCACAGUGGAACAGGUAUGGGUUCCUCUGUUAUCGAACUAUAACAACCAGCAGAUGUGGCCAAAUCUGCUGUCUGCAGACAUCAUCCGUCAUGUCGAGAGCAUAUGCAGCAAGACGUCAGUCGUACGAGGACAGGUUUUCGGGGAAACCAUCCUCCCUCUCCCAGCUGCAUCAGAUUGGAUGGAAAAAUCACAUCAUGCAUUAGAAACGUGUGAACACUAUGAUCGGACGUUGGCCCAUACCAUAGAAACCCAAGUCAUCAACUGGACAAAUCUCAUCCAGAAGAUCCUAAAGGAGGAUCCAUCAGACCUCCUGCUGACAGGCUGUAAUCCGGGGCCCAGUGCAGAGCUGAAAUUUUGGGCUUCCAGAAAGACCAACAUAGGAAGCAUUUACUGCCAGCUUCAGAGUCCUGCUGUUCAAAUGAUGGCGAAGAUGUUAGAGGUCAUGAAUAGCAGCUACAGUCCAACAAUUGGGACCCUCAAUGAAAAUGUGUUUAAUGCACUUGAGGAGGCCCGGGAUAUUGACAUCCACCUGCAGCCGCUACAAGCACAGCUUUCUCAGCUGGAGAGGGAAGGAUUUCCCUCAAUGGAAACCAACACACCUGCUCUUUUCCACUUGCUGUUCCUCCUCUGGACCAACUGCCAGGCUUAUCAAAGGCCGGCUCGCAUUGUGGUGCUUCUGCAGGAGCUUUGCAACAUGUUUAUUGAACAGGCUUCUGCGUAUCUGUCUGAUGACCUGCUGCUCAGAGACGAUUCAAAGGAAAGUCUACAAAUGGUGGAGCGAGUGAUAAAAGUCUUCAGAUGUUUUCAAGACAGCUACCAGACCCAGAGGGAGAAGCUGGCAAACCAAGUGAAGCAUGCACCCUGGGAUUUUCCUUCUGCCAUGAUCUUUUCACGUUUCAACCAGUUCUUGAAACGUUUGCUGCAGCUGGAGGACUUGUUUAAAACCGUACUGUACUUUGAGCGCCUGGAGAAGCUUGAAUUUGGUGGAAUCAAAGGGAAACUCCACAGUGAGCAAGCUGCUAAGAUGAACAAGGAGUUCAGUGACCACUGCCACGCACUGAAGCAAAGUAAAAAUAAUGCACUCGACCUUAACUCUCAGGAUUUUGAAAAUGAGUUUCUGGAUUUCAAGAGAAGGGUUGUGGACCUUGAUUUCCGCCUCGCCAACCUUCUGUGCUUGGUUUUUAAUGAUUGCUCAGGACUGGAAUCAGCUUUGAAAACGCUAAUUAUUUUUGGACCAUUUCUGGAGAAGAGAGAAAUCCAACAGAUAUUCAGCCCCAACUUCAUUCUGCUUCAGCAUCAUUUCCAAGAGGAGUUGGACCAGUGCAAACAUCUGUUCAAAUCCCAGCUUGAGCAGAAGGAAAGUGGUGUGAUGAAGAAUAUGACUCACACCUCUGGAGCUUUGAAAUGGGCAAAAAUGCUGAGAGAUCGCCUGCAGUCAUCAUGGGAAAAGCUGAGAUUGCUGCUUGACAUGCCUGCAGAAGGUGUGGAGAUGGUGAAUGUGAACCACACCCACACAGAGAUGUUGAAUCUCCUGGACCAGUAUGAGGAGGACGUCUAUGCUGAUUGGUGUAAAGGUUUGGACCAAGCCUGUCUGAUCAACCUUAAUCAACCCCUGAUCUGCAGAACAUCCCCAUCUGGAUUGAUCUCAGUCAACUUCAACCCGAAGCUCACUGAGGUCUUGAAAGACAUCAAGUAUAUUCAGAUGUUCAGGCAGAUUAACAUCCCUGCAGCUGCUCUGACUGUUUUUGACAAGCGUGACAUGCUCACGAAGUAUGUGAGCAAUCUGCAGCUGGUGGUAGAAUGGUACAACAGGCUAAAACAGAGAGUGUUAGAGGUCGAGCUUCCCCUCAUCAGAGCUGAGCUGCAGUCCGUCGACGUGCAGCUCGCCAGAGCAGAGACCGAGCUCACGUGGCAGCACCGGGACUGCUGGAGCUUCAUCAGCACCGUCAAACUGCUUGUCCAGGACCUCGCGUGCCGUGUUGGCAACGCCAAGGAAAACUGUGAGGCCAUCCAGUCCGUGAUAAAGCAGUGGAGCAAACAGGUCUUGUUCUCCAGAAAGGAAAACAAGAAAGGCUCGCUCAUACAGCUGGAAGAGAAGGACGACUCUGUAAACAGGAAGUACAGCUCCAUGCAGAAAGAUGGAGGCUUGAUACACCAACUGGUUCAGGAUAAUCUGGCUUUUUUCCGUGCCGAUCCCGAUUCAGAGGAAUGGCUGUCUUAUCUAGAAUAUGUGGAUGAGAUGGUGGUGGACGGGCUCUUCAGCUUCAUCAGCCACUCGCUUCACUUCUUCGUCGACAACAUGGAGCCGCGGCCAAACCAGGCUCCUCUGUUUGAGGCUCGGCUGAUGCUGAAUGGCUCAGAGCUAACCUUCUAUCCUUCGAUGGAGCGAGAUGCAGGCGACGGCCUCUACGAACUGGUGGAGGGACUGGUUGGAGAUAUAUUCAAGAUCUCAGUGAACGUCAGGAGAGUGGCUGCUCAUCUUGGCUUGGAGAACUAUCAGGAUGUGAUGGAUGACAUGGUGGAUUUGUUGGACCUCAGACAAGAGAUAAUGGACCGAGUGGAGAAUGUUCUGAUGAAAGCAAUAAAUUACCAGAGGAAGUUUGACUGCUACACCCAUCUUUGGCAAGAUGACAGGGCUGAGUUUCUCAGCCAGUUUCUCCUGUUCGGACGCAAACUCACAGGAGAGGAGGUGGAGGCUUAUACAGCAAAUAAACUCCCUGAGAGCCCGCCAACAACCAAUAACUUCAGAGAAAAGAUUGAUUGUUAUGAAGAUCUGUAUGCUGAAAUUUGUCAGCUUGAAGACUACAGAGUGUUUGAUGGCUGGUUUCGGGUUGACAUCAAGUUAUACAAAGUGGGCCUUCUUAACACGAUAAAAAAGUGGAGCUGGCUUUUCAAAGAGCACCUCUUGACUUAUGUUACCAACAGCCUCGACGAGCUUCAGAAGUUUAUCCGAGCCACUGUUGAAGGGCUGAGCCGCCCCGUGACGAAGUUGGACCACCAACACUUUUUGGAAGUUAUGAGCCAUCUGCUGGCUGUUAAAGACAGACAGAAAGCCACCGACAAGAUGUUCGAACCUCUUCGAGAAAUAACAACUCUCCUGGAGCGAUACGACGUGAACAUACCAGAUCAGUUCUACACUCAAAUGGAGGAGCUCCCUGAGAAAUGGAAUGAGGCUAAAAAGUUGGCCUUGGAAGUAAGGCACGCAGUGGCGCCGAUGCAGAGUGCAGAAGUCCUGGUUCUGCGCAGGCGAUGUCUGGAUUUUGAGGUGAAACAAGCUGAAUUCAGGGAGAUGUUCAGAUCAACAGCACCCUUCAGUUACAAGACAGAGUCCCCCUAUGCUAGUUUGGAGAAAUCUGAAAAGGCAAUCCAGGACAUGGAGAAGGAAGUAGCUGAACUACAAGAAUCCACAAAUCUGUUCGACGUUAUUAUUCCUGAGUACAAAGACAUCAAGCUAUGCAGGCGGGAAAUCACAAUCCUCAAAGAAUUAUGGGACAUCGUGGUUUAUGUGAAGAGCAGUGUGGAAAACUGGACAAUGACCAAAUGGAGGCAGAUAAACGUCGACCAGAUGGAUGCAGAAUUGAGGGGGUUUGCCAAGGACAUACAGAGGCUUGACAAAGAGGCUCGCGUGUGGGAUGUGUAUUCCGGAUUAGACCUCUAUGUAAAGAACUUGUUGACGUCACUGCGGGCCGUGAGUCAACUGCAGAACCUGGCAAUAAGAGAGCGCCACUGGGUGCAGUUAAUUAGGACAACGCAGAUGAAAUUCACUGUGACAGACGACACCACCAUGGAAGACCUCUUGGCUUUGCAGCUCCACUUGUUUGAAGAUGAAGUCUGCAACGUAGUGGAUAAGGCAGUCAAAGAAAUGGCCAUUGAAAAGGUUGUGACAGAAAUAAGUAAAACAUGGGCAUCAAUGGAGCUUUCAUAUGAAGAACAUUACCAAACCUCGGUGCCCCUGCUUAGAUGUGACGAAGAACUUAUUGAAACUCUCGAGGAUCAUCAGGUUCAGCUCCAGAGCGUCUUUCAGAGCAAGCAUGUGGAUCACUUCCUGUCCCAGGUAGUGGAGCUGCAAAAGCAGCUGACAGUAGCCGACUCUGUGCUCAUCGUCUGGAUCGAGGUCCAGAGGACGUGGGCCUACCUCGAAAGCAUCUUCAAAGGCUGUGACGACAUUCGGCAACAGCUGCCUGCCGACUCUCUCAGGUUCCAGGCUAUAGAUGCAGAUUUUCAGGAGCUGAUGUUGGAAAGCGCCAAAACUAAAAAUGUGAUUGAGGUCACCAACAAGUCAAAUCUUUUUGAGACAUUAGAGGAUUUGCAAAAAAGGUUGGCCUUAUGUGAGAAAGCCCUUGCUGAGUAUUUGGAGACGAAGAGACUUGCCUUUCCACGAUUCUACUUCAUUUCAUCAGCAGACCUGUUGGACAUCCUCUCAAAGGGGAAUCGUCCCCGAGAGGUGACUGUCCAUCUGUCCAAACUCUUUGACAACAUGUCAGAUCUGGAGUUUGCCCAGAAUGAUCAGUUGGACAACCCUAAACGCGCGGUGGGCAUUUACAGCAAAGAGAGGGAGUACGUUCCAUUCCAAACGGAGUGUUGCUGCUCAGGGCCGGUGGAGACAUGGCUGUCUUGUCUGGAGGAAUCCAUGAAAGAGUGUAUCAGGGGUCACCUGUUUGAAGCUGUGACUGUGUACGAGGACAGACCCAGAGAGCAGUGGAUUCUUGAAUUCCCUGCCCAGGUUGCGCUCACAGGAUCGCAGAUCUGGUGGGGAAAUGAUAUGGAGCUCGUCUUUAAAAGACUGGAAGAAGGAUUUGAGUCUGCACUGAAAGACUACAACAAGAAACAGAUUUUUCAGCUGAACUUGUUGAUUGGAAUGCUGCUGGGUGAACUUAACCCAGGCGACAGACAGAAGAUCAUGACUAUAUGUACUAUUGACGUCCAUGCCAGAGAUGUUGUUGCCAGCCUGAUUGCUCAAAAGGUUGCAAACUCACAGGCCUUUCAGUGGCUCUCUCAGCUUCGACAUUCUUGGGAUGAGCAGCGCCACCACUGCACGGUCCAGAUCUGUGAUGCUCAUUUCCGUUACUCUUACGAGUAUCUUGGAAACACUCCACGUCUGGUCAUCACCCCACUGACCGACCGGUGCUACAUCACCUUAACUCAGUCGCUCCACCUGAUCAUGGGUGGAGCCCCGGCAGGACCCGCAGGGACAGGGAAGACGGAGACCACUAAGGACUUGGGCAAGGCCAUGGGUGUCAUGGUUUACAUCUUCAACUGUUCUGAACAGAUGGACUACAAGUCUAUCGGAAACAUCUAUAAGGGCCUGGCUCAGACUGGAGCGUGGGGUUGCUUUGAUGAAUUCAAUCGUAUCCCUGUGGAUGUUUUGUCCGUUGUGGCAGUGCAGGUCAAAACCAUUCAGGACGCCAUUCGCUCUAAAAAGAACAGGUUCUUUUUCCUCGAUAAGGACAUUGUCUUGAAACACUCGAUGGGGAUUUUCAUCACCAUGAACCCCGGCUACGCCGGAAGAACGGAGCUGCCGGAGAACCUCAAAGCUCUUUUCAGACCCUGUGCGAUGGUGGUGCCUGACACUGAGCUCAUCUGUGAGAUAAUGUUGGUGGCGGAGGGCUUCAGGAGUGCCAAGCUUUUAGCCAGGAAGUUUAUCACUCUGUACACUCUCUGUAAAAAACUACUCUCCAAGCAGGACCACUACGACUGGGGUUUGCGUGCUGUCAAAUCCGUCCUGGUUCUGGCAGGAUCCCUGAGAAGAAGAGACAAGACAAGGCCAGAGGAGCAGGUGCUAAUGCGUGCCCUCCGAGACUUCAACUUGCCCAAGAUUGUGACCGAGGACGUGGCAGUCUUCCUGGGUCUGCUGGGAGACCUGCUACCUGGCCUUGAGGUGGACAGAGAGAGAGACUGUGAAUUUGAAAAGGCCGCCCGGAAGACAACGGUGGAGCUCCAGCUGCAGCCUGAGGAGGCCUUUAUCCUCAAGGUGGUUCAGCUGCAGGAGCUCAUGGCAGUGCGUCACUCGGUCUUUGUUGUUGGAAAUGCAGGAACUGGGAAAAGUCAGAUAUUGAGAGUCCUUCAUAAAACCUAUGUGAACCUGAAGAUGAAGCCUGUCUGGAAUGACCUCAAUCCAAAGGCCAUAGACAGAGACGAGCUCUUUGGCUUCGUUCAUCCUGCAACUCGAGAGUGGAAAGAUGGUUUACUUUCAUCACUGAUGCGAGAGCAGGCAAACAUCUCCCACCUUGGGCCUAAGUGGAUUGUGUUGGAUGGAGACAUUGAUCCGAUGUGGAUUGAAUCACUCAACACAGUGAUGGAUGAUAACAAGGUUCUGACUCUUGCCAGUAAUGAACGUGUGUCUCUUACCCCGUCCAUGAGGCUGGUGUUUGAAAUCAGCCAUCUGAGGAUGGCGACUCCUGCCACUGUGUCCAGAGCAGGCAUCCUUUAUGUGAACCAGCAGGACCUGGGCUGGAACCCUUUUGUGGCCAGCUGGAUCGACCAGCGCCGGUGCCAGACAGAACGGGCCCACCUCACCAUUCUGUUUGAGAAAUACGUUCCGCGCUGUCUGGAACGGAUGAAACACAACUUCAAGACCGUCACACCCAUCACAGAAAACUGCAUGGUGCAGACACUCUGCACAUUCCUUGACUGCCUUCUGACACCAGAACAUAUUUCCUCUGAUUCCCCUCGUGAGAUCUACGAGACAUAUUUUGUCUUUGCCUGCAUUUGGGCUUUCGGUGGGGCCCUGUCUCAAGAUCAGCUCUAUGAUUACCGGGUGGAGUUCAGCCAGUGGUGGUCCAAGGAAAUGAAGACGGUGAAGCUUCCAGCACAGGGCACGGUGUUCGACUACUACCUCGACCAUCAAACACGACGAUUCCUACCCUGGAGUGAAACUGUGCCUCCGUUCGAAAUGGAGACUUCUACGCCACUACAGGCUGUUCUGGUGCACACAGCAGAGACCGUGCGUCUUCGCUACUUCAUGGACUUGUUGCUCAAGAGGAGGCAGCCCGUGAUGCUUGUGGGGAAUGCAGGAGUGGGAAAGACUGCACUCGUCAGGGAGAAGUUAGACUGCUUGCCAGAGGGCUUUACGACCGCUAAAGUACCCUUCAACUAUUACACCACCUCUCUGAUGCUGCAGGUGAACCUCGAGCAGCCGUUAGAGAAGCGAGCAGGCAGAAGCUACGCCCCCGCCGGCAACAGACGGCUGGUCUACUUCAUCGACGACAUGAACAUGCCAGCUGUCGACUGUUACGGAACGUCGCAGCCUCACACGCUCAUACGGCAACACCUGGAUUAUGGGCACUGGUAUGACAGGCAGAAACUGACGCUAAAGGAAAUACACAAUACACAGUAUGUUGCCUGUAUGAAUCCAACUGCUGGAAGCUUCAUUAUCAACCCUCGGUUACAGCGACAUUUCUCCGUGUUGGCGGUGAAUUUCCCUUCAUUCGAGGCUCAGACGUUCAUCUUCGGCCAGAUCUUGUGCGGCCAUUUCAGAGAGCAGCGCUUCAGCGCGGCGGUUCAGAGGAGCGCCGCGUCUGUGGUCCAAGCCGCCGUGACUCUUCAUCACAAGAUCCUUCACAACUUCCUCCCCACGGCCAUCAAGUUUCACUAUACAUUUAAUCUUCGAGACAUAUCGAGUGUCUUUCAGGGGAUUCUCCUGUGUGGGCCUGAGAAUGUGACGAACGGCACUGAACUGGCUCUGCUUUGGGCGCAUGAAUCCUGCAGAGUGUACUCAGACAGACUGGCAGAUGUCAGUGACUUGAAGCUCUUCCAGAAGCUACAGAUGGAAACUGCGCAUGAAUGUUUUGAGGGAAUCGAGAGAAACCAGAUGCAAACACAGCCUCUCCUCUACAGUCACUUUUCCUCUGUGAGUGAGGAAUCUUCAUACGCGCCCGUCAGAGACUGGUCUGCACUCAGGAACAUCCUCACAGACGCUCUGGAAAGCUACAACGAGCUCCAUCCCGCCAUGAAUCUGGUGCUGUUCGAAGACGCCAUUCAACAUGUCUGUCGUAUCAGUCGUAUCCUGGAAGCUCCGAGGAGCCAUGCUUUACUGGUCGGGGUCGGCGGUAGUGGGAAGCAGAGUCUGACUCGCCUGGCUGCCUACAUGUCCUCUGUGGAAGUCUUCCAGAUCACGCUGAAAAAAGGUUACAGUGUCCAAGACCUCAAGAUGGAUCUGGCAAGUUUGUUCAUAAAGACCGGAGUGAAGAACCAGCGCGUGGCUUUGCUGCUGACCGAUGCUCAGAUACCCGAUGAGCGGUUCCUCGUCAUUAUCAAUGACUUACUGGCUUCAGGAGAAAUUCCUGAGCUUUUCAGUGAAGAGGAGAUUGAAGGCAUCGUGUCUGGAGUGAGAGCUGAAGUGCGAGGCCUCGGACUGCUGGACAACAGAGAGAACUGCUGGAGAUUCUUUAUAGACCGAGUUCGACUUCAGCUCACGGUGGUGCUGUGUUUUUCGCCCGUGGGCAGCACCCUGCGUGUUCGAGCCCGGCAGUUUCCCGCCCUGGUCAACUGCACCACCAUUGACUGGUUUCAUCCGUGGACAUUUGAAGCUCUGCAGUCGGUCAGCUACCGGUUCAUCCAGGACAUCGAAGGCCUUCAGCCUGCCGUCCAGGAAUCCAUCAGUCUUUUCAUGGCCUACGUUCACACCAGUGUCAACCAGGCAAGUGAAAAAUACCAGCGCAAUGAGAAGCGGUACAAUUACACCACCCCCAAGAGCUUUCUCCAGCAAAUCACGCUGUACAGGAACCUGCUGGAGAGGAGCCGCUCUCAGCUCCGGCAGAAAAUGAACCGGCUUGACAGCGGCCUUCAGAAACUCCAAACCACUGCUGCUCAGGUUGAAGAUCUUCAAGCUAAACUUGCAUCUCAAGAAGCGGAGCUGACCUUUAAAAACCAGAACAUUGAAGCUAUCAUUACCAAGAUUGGACUGCAGACUGAGAAGGUUAGCAACAAGAAGGAGGCGGCGGAUAUCGAGGCGCAAAAGGUUGCUGUCAUCCAGGCAGAAGUUGCCGUCAAACAGAAGGACUGUGAGAACGAUCUCGCCAAGGCAGAGCCGUCACUGACGGCCGCCACAGCAGCUCUGGACACCCUCAACAAAGUGAAUCUGACGGAGCUGAAGGCCUUUCCCAACCCGCCGGCAGCGGUAAUAAAUGUAGCAGCAGCUGUGAUGGUGCUCCUCGCACCCCGGGGUCGAGUGCCUAAGGAUCGGAGCUGGAAGGCGGCGCGGGCCUUCAUGGGCAAGGUGGAUGAUUUCCUGCAGACCCUGGUGUCUUAUGACAAGGAGCACAUCCCCGACUCCUGUCUGACCGUGGUCAAACAACAGUAUCUGAGAAACCCGGAUUUCCGCCCGGAUCUAGUUUGGACCAAGUCUACAGCUGCAGCUGGUCUCUGUGCCUGGAUCAUUAAUAUUGUCAGAUACUAUGAGAUUUAUUGUGAGAUCAUUCCAAAACGGCAUGCCUUAUCACAAGCUAAUGCUGAACUGGAAACGGCAACAGCCAAACUCCAUGCAGUUCAGAAGAAACUGCUGGACCUGGAUGCCAGUCUGCAGAGUCUAACAGCUCAGUUUGAGAAGGCGACAGCCGAGAAAAUCAGCUGUCAAGAGGAGGUGGCACGUACCACCCAGACGAUAGAGCUGGCCAACCGACUAGUCAAGGGCUUGAUGUCAGAGAAGGAUCGCUGGUCCCAGGCGCUGGUUCAGUAUGAGAAGCAGCAGAACACGCUUUGUGGCGACGUCCUCCUCACGUCUGCGUUCGUCUCUUAUAUGGGUUACUUCACCGGCCAGUAUCGCGUCGAGCUUUAUUACAAUACGUGGAUACCCUUCCUACAGUCCCAGAAGUUCUCCGUACCCCUGACAGACGGCCUGGACCCGAUGCUCAUGCUUACAGAUGAUGCCACCGUGGCUGCCUGGCAUAACCAGGGCCUGCCAAAUGAUAGGAUGUCUACUGAGAACGCCGCCAUCCUGACCACCAGUGAGCGUUGGCCUCUCAUCAUCGACCCUCAGCAGCAGGGCGUCAAGUGGAUGAGAAACCGACUGGGGUCACAACUGAGGACGGUCCGGCUAGAACAGAAAGGGUAUCUGGAAGUGAUUGAACAAGCUCUGCUAUUGGGUGAAACACUAUUGAUAGAGAAUCUACCAGAAAGGAUAGAUCCAGUCCUGGAGCCACUUCUAGCAAAAAAAACCAUUAAGAGAGGAAGGUACAUUCUGAUUGGGGGAAAGGAGUGUGAAUACAACAGUAACUUUCAGCUCAUUCUCCACACCAAGCUGGCCAACCCACAUUUCCCCCCUGAGCUGCAGGCGCAGGCCACUCUCAUCAACUUCACGGUGACCCCUGUGGGCCUGGAGGAGCAGCUGCUGGGACAGGUCGUGACCCGGGAGAGGCCCGACCUGGAGGCUCUGAAGAUGCAACUAACCACACAACAGAACCACUUCAGGAUUGAGCUCAAGCGGUUUGAAGACGACCUGCUGAGUCGGCUCUCUGCAGCUCAGGGUAAUUUUCUGGGUGACAUUUCUCUGGUGGAGCAGCUCGAGAACACCAAAACUACAGCUGCUCACAUUCAGCUCAAGGUGGCGGAGGCCAGAGAGAACGAGACAAAGAUCAACGAGGCUCGGGAACUAUACCGCCCAGCAGCUGAGAGAGCGUCACUCCUCUUCUUCAUCAUCAGUGACCUCAGCAAGAUUAAUCCCAUGUACCAGUUUUCUCUCAAGACCUUCAGCUCGGUGUUCAGCAAAGCGAUGGAGCAUGCAGAAUGGGACGAGGACGUGAAAACCCGAGUGCACACCCUCGCCGAGGCCAUCACCUAUUCUGUAUUCCUCCACGUGAGCCAGGGCUUGUUUGAGAGAGACAAGUUAACCUUCUUGUCACACACUGCCUUCCAGAUUCUGCUCAAACAAGGCUUGAUUGAUGUCCAGGAAUUUGGCUUCUUUCUGCACUUCCCCGUGGAAGCCAGCAAAGUUAGUCCAGUGUCCUUCCUCUCUGCACAUGCCUGGGCAGUCAUUAAGGCGAUUUCGUCAUAUGAUGGCUUCGGUGGACUGGACAGAGAAAUCGAGAGCUCUCCGAAGCGCUGGAGGAAGAUCGUCGAGUCCAGUUGUCCUGAAAACGAAAGGCUCCCCCAGGACUGGAAAAACAAGAGUUCCCUACAGAAGCUCAUCAUCCUGAGAGCCCUGCGUCCCGACCGGAUGACCUACGCCCUCAGGAAAUUUGUGGAGGAACACAUGGGAACCAAAUAUGUGGAAGCGGCACGACUAGAGUUUGAAAAGUUGUACGAGCACAGCGGCGCUUCAACUCCUGUGUUCUUCAUCCUCUCUCCUGGAGUGGAUCCGCUCAGAGAUGUAGAGAAAAUUGGCCUCAAGCUGGGAUUCUCUAUCGAGCAGGGAACUUUACACAACGUGUCUCUGGGACAAGGACAGGAGGAGGUUGCUCAACGGGUCCUCGGCACUGCGUCCAAACAGGGACACUGGGUCAUUUUACAGAACGUGCACCUGAUGGCUCGCUGGCUGCCCUCUCUGGACGCUCUGCUGGAGGCGGCGGCCAUAGACAGUCACCCCACCUUCAGGGUUUUUAUGACCGGAGAACCGCCACCAAGCCUGGAGCAGCACGUCAUCCCCCGAGGCAUCCUGGAAAACUCCAUCAAAAUCACCAACGAGCCGCCCACCGGCAUGAAUGCCAGCUUGCACUCGGCUCUCAAUAACUUCAGUCAGGACACUCUGGAUAUGUGCUCCAGAGAGCAAGAGUUCAACUCCAUGUUCUUCUCCCUUUGCUUCUUUCACGCCUGCGUUACGGAGCGGCGCAGAUUUGGUCCCCAAGGCUGGAACCACAGCUAUCCCUUCAGCACCGGAGACCUCACCAUCUCAGUCAAUGUGCUGUACAACUACCUGGAGGCCAACGCUAAAUCCAUGCAGGUGCCUUGGGAGGACUUGUGUUAUCUUUUUGGAGAGAUCAUGUAUGGAGGACACAUCACUGAUACCUGGGAUCGGAAACUCUGUCAAACCUACCUGCAGGAAUUCAUGCAUCCAAAAAUGUUUGAGUCGGAGCUCUUCCUCUGCCCGGGCUUCCUGGCUCCUCCAUUCUUGGACUACGUUGGCUACCACAGUUACAUAGACAAACAUCUCCCCCCCGAGAACCCCACCCUGUAUGGUCUGCAUCCAAACGCCGAGCUGGAGUGCCUCACCGUCACCUCAGACGGCCUCUUGAAGACCCUGCUGGAGCUGCAGCCACAGGACUGGUCCAGAGGAGAGGGGGCCGUGCAGACCACCGAUGAGAAGGUGGCGUCUAUAAUUGAAGACAUCCUCGACAGGCUGCCGGAGGAGUACAACAUGGCAGAGAUGACGACGAAGACGGCGGAGCGAAGCCCCUACACCCUGGUCUGCUUUCAGGAGUGUGAACGCAUGAAUCUCCUGCUGGCGGAGAUCAGGAGGUCGCUGAGCGAGCUGGAUCUGGGCCUGAAGGGUGAACUAACCAUCUCCUCCAGCAUGGAGGCUCUUCAGGCGGCACUUUUCACCGACUCGGUCCCAGACUCCUGGGCCAGAUUGGGUUAUCCCUCCACGAAAACACUGGCACAAUGGGUGAAUGAUCUAAUCAGUAGCUGUCAUGAGCUGGACAGCUGGACUCAAGACUUCGUCCUGCCAGCCGUCGUUUGGCUCUCGGGGCUCUUUAAUCCACAGACUUUCCUCACUGCUGUGCUGCAGAGUAUUGCUCGGAGGAACCAGUGGGCCCUGGACAAGAUGACUCUGACUGUGGAUGUGACAAAGAAGAUGAAGGAGGAUUUCGGACACCCCCCGCGGGAGGGGGCCUACAUCCACGGACUCUUUAUGGAAGGAGCGCGCUGGGACACUCAGUCCGGAGUCAUCGCCGAGGCGGUCUUGAGAGAUCUGACCCCCGCCAUGCCGGUGCUGUACGUCCGAGCCGUGCCUGCGGAGGAGCUGGAGCUCAAGAGCACGUUCGAGUGCCCCGUGUAUCGCACCAAGCAGCGCGGGCCGUCGUACGUGUGGAGCCUCCGCCUCCGCACCAAGGAGCCCCCGGCCAGGUGGAUUUUAGCAGGAGUCGCUCUUCUGCUGUCUGCGUAA